UAUUUAAAAGAGAACAUUUUCAAUAAUCCAAACCAAAGCAGAAGACAUUAUUAAUAAACGUUGUUAAAAUUGACAUAAAUCUUAGUUUCUACAAUCACUUUGUGUUUCAAUUGUUGUGGUGUGUUUAGGUAACAGAGAACCUGCGUUUAAAAUGCCGUGCUGGGGUAGCAUAUUAGUUGGAGCAGCUGCUGCUGGUGCAUCUAUCGCCGGUGCGCCAUUGGUUCUCGGAGGUUUAGGGUUUACCGCUGGAGGAGUGGCAGUGGGUAGCGUUGCUGCUGGUGUGCAGAGUACCUUGUAUGGAGGGAUGGCCUCUGGUGCCUUUUCUGUUCUGCAAGCUGCUGGAGCUGCUGGAAUUGGUGGAGCUGGUAAAACCGUUAUUGGUACUGUAGCAGGUGCUGCCGCGUCAAAAAUUUACGAAUGCACUAUAGGAUGUGACGUCUAAAUUGAAUUACAUCGUAUUUGAUCCUGUAAUAACUAAAUGUUUUUCAUUGUUUUGUUUUGUGGACCUACCCCUACCUCCUCCUUUAAAAAUGGAAAAAAAAUGUUAAAGAUCAAUUUCGCA